AUGCACUCGGAAAAUACUCGUCAACUCGAUGGAUGGAUAUUUAGUUCAUUAACUGGUAUCUUAACAUCACCUUUAGGUCUUGUAUUAACAAACUCAACAAAAAACCAUACAGGUGUAAAACUCUGGAGAAAAACCAAAGAAUUCAAUGGUAAGUUUUGUAUUGUUCUGUCAGUAAUUGCUGAUUUUACUAAUAUUGAUUAUAUACUUUAUUUGGAUUUAUCUGAUAAAAAAUGUAUUAUAACAUUAAUUGAAGAAAUCAACAUUAUCAGCCGGUCAAAUACUUGUUCAACAUACAAAAUUGAAUUUUAA